UAAGAUGUCAGCAGCAUGAGUGUACCCUCAUGCAGACACACAACCUACACAAUACUCAACAACCAGUUUUGGGAAAAAAAUCUGCAAAGUUCCAACGGUCCUGUAAAGAAGUCCAUGCGGGAGAAGGCUGUCGAGAGAAGGAAUGUCAAUAAGGAGCAUAAUAGUAAUUUCAAGGCCGGAUAUAUUCCAAUCGAUGAAGAUCGCCUCCAUAAAACGGGAUUGAGGGGGAGAAAGGGCAAUUUAGCCAUCUGUGUCAUUAUCCUCUUGUUUAUCCUGGCUGUCAUCAAUUUAAUUAUAACACUUGUUAUCUGGGCAGUGAUUCGCAUCGGGCCAAACGGCUGUGACAGCAUGGAGUUUCAUGAAAGCGGCCUGCUCCGGUUUAAGCAAGUAUCUGACAUGGGAGUUAUACAUCCUCUUUAUAAAAGCACAGUAGGAGGAAGGCGAAAUGAAAACUUGGUUAUCACUGGCAACAACCAGCCUAUUGUUUUCCAGCAAGGGACAACAAAGCUCAGUGUAGAAAAGAACAAAACUUCUAUUACCAGUGACAUUGGUAUGCAGUUUUUUGACCCGAGGACUCAGAAUAUAUUAUUCAGCACAGACUAUGAAACUCAUGAGUUUCAUUUGCCAAGUGGAGUGAAAAGUUUGAAUGUUCAAAAAGCAUCUACUGAAAGGAUUACCAGCAAUGCUACUAGUGACUUAAAUAUAAAAGUUGACGGGCGUGCUAUCGUGCGUGGAAAUGAAGGUGUAUUCAUUAUGGGCAAAACCAUUGAAUUUCACAUGGGCGGUAAUAUGGAGUUAAAGGCAGAAAACAGCAUCAUCCUAAACGGAACUGUGAUGGUUAGCACAAGUCGCCUACCUAGUUCCUCCAGCGGAGACCAGUUUGGGACGGGCGACUGGGUGCGCUACAAGCUGUGUAUGUGUGCGGACGGGACACUCUUCAAAGUACAAGUGACGGGCCAGAACAUGGGCUGCCAGAUCUCAGACAAUCCCUGUGGAAACACUCACUAGAAGAACCCGAGAGGUCACCCGCGUGUUCAUAUCGUGACUUUUUUUAAGAGUGUGCAUGCAAGUCAUGUUUUUAGAGAGUUCGCGAUAACUCUCACCUACAGAGCACUACUGUACCUAUUAUGUAAUCUCCAUAUUUAAAAGAUUCUGAGCUUAAAUUUGAAUACAUUUCAUUAAGUUGCACUGAUCUUCAAAUUACAGUUCUAAAGUAAUUAUCAGAAGUGAAUACAAGCAAAAUUCAUCUUUAAAGAAGUAUUUUUAAAAUCCCGCUGUUCCUUGUCUAAAGGAUCAAGGGCUGAAGCAACCGUUUAGACUCACUGUAAGUACAUUUGGUAAAUGGGGAUACACCCAUUUGAGGGGACUGAAAGGUGCACUGUUAGUAAAUGUUACACUCUCUGUCUUUUGGCUUCUAAGAGAAUGGUCUCGGAUUUUUAGUGCAUUAAUUUUCAGCUGUGUUCUCAGUGCAAGUGAAAUCAUUAAAGAACGUCACAUAUGUGAUUGGUAAGAAACUAUGGUUUCUUAGUUUUGCACUAGGAUGAAAAUACUCUGUAAUAGAAUAUUUACUUGCUAAAUAUUGAUGAGUAUGAAAUGUUCACAAUGUGGUAGAAAUUGAAACACCAGCUUUAAUUGUUAGAUCCUGAUGUCAGCUGUGGUUUACAUGACUCAUUCUAGCCACUGUCGCAGGCACUGUGUCUGUAACAUCGCUGAUUCUCACCACAGCUCUGGAUGUAGGGGUUAUUAUCCCAGGAUUUCCCCUUAGGAAACUGAGGAUCAGAGGAGUUAAGAGACUUACCUUAUGUCACACAGUAUAAUAGCAGCCCGGGUUGGGACUGGAGCUCACAUGUGAUUCAAACCUAAAAUGUACCUGCUUCCAAAUACUGUGUCCUUUUCACUAUCUGCACUGAAGUCUUAAUAUUUAAAAAUAUAAAAAAUAUUAAGACAAAUUCAGACUCACUUAAGCAGGUAAGGAUCAAAUAAAACAGCCAUGCUUACUCUAGUUUAAAAAAUUAAAAAUCAAUCUCAUGUCAAAAAAAUUGGCCAACUGCUAUCAGAUUUUAAACUAGCUUGUGCCAAUCCAAAAUAUUAUGCGAUAGAGAAGUCCAGUUAGUCUAGCUGUAGGCUACUGCAGUUUCCUAACUGAUGGGCCUUGGCCCCUGGGGGUACCUGAAUUGGAUAAAAGGGUCACUAAGAUAUUUAGACCCUCAGGCCUCAGGGCAACGCAGUAAGAUAUUUAGACCCUCAGGCCUCAGGGCAACGCAGUGCGAAGCGGGAGGCUGUGGCCCCAGGCAAUUCCGCCCCACUGCGCCACUCAAGGAGCACCCGUCGCCCUGUGCGCUGGGCCAGAACAAAGUUGGGCAGCAUGGUGUGAAGGGUGCGGAUAGAGAAAAUUCGUCUUUAAGUAGCUUUGGAGUAAGUAUGAGAACUGAUCUCUGCUCCUCAUAUCCCAAUCCCUGAAGCCGUUUGAUUUUUAAUGUAUUUUAUAAUUGACUUAAAAGGAACUCUCUGGUAUUAUUAAUUACACACAGAGCAUCAGGGGCCAAGUUUUCAAAAUAGUUUGCUGUAAAAUAAGCAGUAGAGAUAAAUCAUAAGCCCCACUCUGCGUUCAAGUCUAACAGUAUUCUGCCGUGGUCAUUUUGAACUGUGUAGAUAAGAAAAUCGAUACAAAAACGGAUCUGCAUUCAGCCUACGCACAGUUCUCUCUGAUAGAGCAACCAGAUGCCUUAGAGAUUACGAGCAGUCAUUAAAGUGUACUAAAGGAGAUGAGCUUACUAUAUAAUACUAAGUGCAGUUUUUAAAUGAAGGGGGAAAGUGAACUUUUUUUUUUUAUUUAAAUCCAGUUAGCCAAUGUAUAGUACAUUAGUAUCAGAUGCAGUGUUCAGUAAGUUAUCAGUGACCUACGACACCCAGUACUCAUCACCUCACGUGCCCUCAAUGCCCGUCACCCAAGAAGUGAACUUUCUGACCUCUGAGUGUUAUUAAUUGUUGUGAUAGUCAGAACUUAUUUGAAUAUAUGCAGUGUCAUUUCAUAUUUGAAUGAUGUUCAGAAAAAUCUGUUGGAAUUUUCAUUUAGAUGCAUAGUCUAUUUUUAAUUUCACAUUCUUAUCUGUUCUAUUUAAGAUUUGCUUGGAAAGUCUCUAAAUAUUUUUGCAAAAACCACAAAACACUACGUUACAAAGUAUUAUUUAUUGAGUAUAAUUCACGAAACAAUCUAUUUUUACUCCUCUUUGAGAAAUACUUGUGUUUUUGAUACAUCUCCAUUAAGUGCUUUUAACAUGAGAGGACAUUUUGAUGUUUUUACAGGACUGUAAAGGUAACAGGUACAGUAUUUUAGGACACUUUGCAGGUAGCCUUUGCCUUUUCACUGAGAUGUAGACCUGGAAAACUCACGGGAAAUGAGAUCAGGAACAAACCGUCCAUUUCACUUGCGAUCUAUUUUGCAUAAUGGUAAAACUUCAGCUCCUCGUUCUCACCACCAGAUGGUAUUUUUCAAAACCCGAAAUGUUAACUUUGCCUCUUUCUCCUGGUUGUUCAUCCCCUGCCUUGAGCACUGAUAGGACAGGAAGCAGACUCCGGGAAUGUAGAUAGACAAAGACAGGCUCCCAGGAGAGCGGGGGAGAUUUGUGCUUAUGUAAAUAACUGCACUACUUCAGAGCGAGGUUGCAAUGACGAGGGAGACAAAUGAAAUAAAAGCAAAGUAUUUCAGAAACCAUCCAACAGGCAGCUGGGAAAAUGCAAAACAACACAAGGGGGGGACUGUCUAUGUAUGGUCUGCAAGAUUUAAAUAUAUCCUUAUUUGUAUUCUUUUUGCAUUAUGACAAAAAUGAAAUAAAUUUUGUGUGAUAGUUCUAAUGAUGAAAGGUGGAAGUUCUACCUAGCUUUGAAAUAAUUUCUUUUAAAGAGAAUAAGAAUGUUUAUGGUGCUUAACUUGACGAAAAAGAGACCAUUGAAAUGCUGAUAUUUUUAGUCGUCUUUUAAAAAGUGUUGAGGGCGCAAAGACUACAAAUUAUGCCAUAUAAAAAUUAACCUCUAACUGUUUUGGAUUGCUAACCUGAGUUUCAGUUAAUUCAGUUUGUAAUAACUAUUAAUAAUCUCUCUUUACAAUAAAGAUUCUGUAAAUUG